AUGCCCGCAGUUUUCCCGUUUCUGCCUAUGGAUAUGACAGAUUGUUCCAUCGUCGCCACUACUGGAUCCAGCAGCAGUGGGUGUAUGAGGGAAGAAGUAAUAGCUGAAGCGAGGUUAAUGCCUGAUAUUGAGUCUGUAAGGGGUGGAUCGCAGAGGACAGGUGUAAGAAGUUUUGGAAUGGCGUUUCCAAAUGGUAACGAACCGGACGUGACGUCCAGUCAGAGUAGUAAUUUGCCCCGAACGUACCAGGUGGCUACUCCCAAAUCACCACAUGAGUUGUCUGACGAGGACUAUAACGAUAAUGGCAUGCUGCAUACAAACACUGAUGUGAUCUCGAUGUCGAAUAUACAUGAGGGUAGCGGCACUCAACGGUUUGGAGGUUCGUUUAGGGAGAGCGAGGAUGUGGAAAGAUUAAAGUACGAAACAGCCAAGAAUGAGCUGCUCGAUAAACUGAAUUUACGUAUUUUGAUAAACCACAGGGAAAGAGGCAGUUUAGAGAGGGAAAUAAAAAGAGUAGACGCGCAACUUUCUUUGAUCGAAACUUUACAUGACGAUAGCGAAUUGAUGACCAAGAUUUCUAGCUACAGAAUACGUGAAUUAGAAAGUACUAGAAAGAGGAGGUUACAAGAGGAGCAUCGACGCAACGUGUCGUUCAACGAACAAUCCUUAAUAAGUACAAGCUCAUCGGCACCUGAACACCACUACCAUACGAGGAGCAAGAGUCAGGGCAAUAUUAUGGAUAACGCAACGAUGUCCCAGAUGAUGGAGUCACCUAUUUUGAAUUCAAGGACCAUGCGGUCAAAGGAUUCGUCUGGCCGAAUAUCUCCGCACAAGGCACCCUCAGCAAGUGGGAAACACAUACAAGAGUUCAAACCUAACCAGAUGAACUCGCAUCAUAGAAGAACGUACGUGUCCUCUUGUUUGACAAAUAAUAGCGGGGUUGUUGGGAAGACAACAGCUAAUGAACCAAUUUUCAGGAGAUUUGACGGUAUCCUUGUCAUUAUAACGUGCGCCACGUGCGGCAGGAACGAUUUCACCUCUGCGCAGGGAAUCACAAACCAUACCCGGCUAAAGCAUCAAAUUACAUAUAGGAACCAACCUCUUGCCAUAUUGAAAAACCAGCAGCUGCUGUCAGCGGAACAGCAGGAUCCUGCGGUUUUACAAAAGUUCAAAGACUUAAAUUUGGAUCCCGGUCACGAGUACUUACCCUACGACGUGGCUUUACCUCCAGUGAAGAAUCACAAGUCGGAAGGGCUCAGGUAUCUAAGGAAAUCUAGCGCUGUGAAUAUAAACGCAGAGGUAAAUGCUCAGAAAGCCACGGACAAGAAGCCACAGGGGACGUCGCAUCUGGAGAAACUGUACAAAAAAGAUGAUUUCGGUGAACUGUUAGAAAUGGUCCAUGACGCUAAAAAAGAUCUGGACGUUGUCUUACAACAGGAAAGCGAGGCCGAGGUGUCGGAGGGGUCAGAAGAAUCGGGAGAGUUUGAGGCGACUAUCUCGAAGCAGAAGGACCAAUUUAACGACACGAACUAUUCAGGGAAGGACGUGGAUUCCGACUACCAGACUUCUAGCUCCUCGUCACCGGGAACAAGCCCUGAGUCGGUUGCGGUAGACACCACCAGUACACAUGCUAGUCCGUCGUCAUAUUCAGAGGGACAUUCGUCAUCGCCUGUGGUGAUACAACCGGUUGGAACCAGAAUGAACUUGAGGAGAAGGAAAACUGAAGAAAAGGAUCAGGAGGAACCACCUAUAAAGAGGCGACUGAGAUCGCCACCUAAGAAUCCCACGGCAGCCACGAACGAGAAGGAUGAAGAACCUGGGCAAGAACCACGAUCCAAAUACUACAACUUGCGCGCAAAAUCGAAGCUACGUGGUGGUUCGGACGUAGAUCUUGCGUAA